AUGUUACCCUCACUCCGACCUCGUGCACUUUUCAACGUCGGCGUUUAUGAUAUUCCAUACCUCUCAUCAUUUGUGGGGUCUGCUCCAGAUACCGAGAGUGACAGUGCCUGGAUAGCUUGCAGCACGGAUAGUGUUUUGAGCAUGAAACCAGAGCUAUUCGACAUUCUCGUCACGCUGCCUCCCAACCAUUCCAAGAAUGCCGCGGCUAAGACGUACCCGACAAUCACUAUAUCUUCCCCAGCCUUACACAGCAAAUCACCGCAAAAAGUGGAACUGAAAGCCACGCAGCGCGAUGUGCGACGUUACACAGCUCUACGCCAGGGUCUUCGCCGCGCAUUCAAGGACAUCAACUCCCAGUCCAAAGACAACGACAGUGACGAUAACUCGGAUGCCGCGUCAACAUUCUCCUCCAGCCCGAUUGUCGAACCUCUCUCCUGGACCAGGCUAGCAUAUACCUCUUUCAUAUGGUGGGCAUCCGCCGGCGAAAAGCGGGACGGGUUCUCUGAAGAGGAGGAAGAAGAGCACGAGAUCGAACAAGACGCACGCCUCUUAGCAAGCGUGGACAAUCUCCCAAGCCCACCAUCAGGCUCUAUCCGCCGCCAAAGCAUGCAGCUAGGCGAACCACCCAAGCAGCCGCCGGAAAUCGCUCUCAUUGCAUACUUCCGCCAGCUCACCACUCAGAUCUUCGCCACGCUCUCGGACGUGAUUGCCCGACACGACGAUCAAAAUGGGACUGAACCAAACGACCCAACUUCGGCACCCUACCAAGACGAAGAAAACGACGAGGACAACAAUCCCGCCGAACACGCAACAAUAACGCGCGACCCAACACAAGAAGACGAAUCCACUUCCCCGCUCCUAGACCAGGAUCAAGCCAUUGAAAACGACCGCAUCGCAGUAUCCGCGGAGGACAUGGCGGAAAUGGGCCUGGACACAUGGAGCGCCGCAGACCGGAUCUUCGUCGAAGAGCUGGUUCUCUUAUGGUGGGGACGUAGGGCGUACGUUGACAGUGCACGGAUUCGGUGCUGUGGUAUUUCGCUCAUAUGA